AUGGACGCUUCUACCUGCCCAAGAACCCCCCUCCCUACCUCCAUUCCCCAUAUCGAGUACUCGGUCACCAUCAAAACCUCAUCCCGCCCCUUAUCCUCCUUUGACGGUCCUUUCGUCCUCACACUCCAUUCCCCCCACAGCGAGCCUGCAAUAUACGACUUUCCCUCCGGUCGCUUCCCCCGCAACUCCAGCGUCCGCUUCUACCUCGUAUAUGAAAGCGCCAUACCUCCUCCCUCGGCCAUCUCGGUGCAGGCGAGGUAUGCUUUGGGGUGGACCAAGUGGCGUAUCUCGUCGAUACGCCUGCUAGCGGUGGAAGCGUCGGAGCUACCGUCGGAGCUGGUCGCUGGCCGAUAUCGCGUCCCUGGCAUCAGCGACCCGCCCAUCCAGGCGCCUCUGGCGGCAGUCCCCACUCGAAGCGCCGAUCGAAAAGGGAGCGGCUCGGCGUGGGUCCAUGUAUGGCUCCCGGCCUGGAAUCUCGCUCUCCAUCAGGCCCCGGACGAUCAGCCCUCCAACACCGCAGUGUCCACUCUUUCCUCAUCCUCCUCUACUCUCAUUUCCCAGAAACACGAGCUGGACGGCUGGACACUACGGCCAUCCCUCGGCCAUCGGAAGGUAUCCUGGCCGAGUCAGCCCCGAUCCGACGCCCCACUUGCGGGCCGCACCACCUUUCCCACCCCUCUCGCACCCAUUUUCACCGCCUCCGCAGUCGAAUCAUGGGGUCACACCUCCAUGUCCAUCUACGACUCCCCCUCACCUCCCUCUCCUCCUACGACUCCGGCCGAUCCGGACGACUUCGUCUCCCUCUGGCCCCAAACACUCCCCGGCACCCGGAUCCCCCGCAUCAUCCAGAAUGUCCGAAAGAUGCGGUGCGAGCCUCGUUGGUCUGCCUCGCUGGAGUCAGACAGCGACUUGCAGCGUCGUCCCCCAGAUGUCUCUAUUCCCUUCAGCGGCGUAGACGUGAGCGGGGUGAGAAGAUGGGCGGCAGAGAUGAAGCGUGAGGGGCGAAAUUAUACCCUGUUGGACUGGAAUUGCGCAAAGGCGAUAUUUGAGGCGUUGUCUGUGGGGCUGGCGGACAAGCAGGAAGGCAACAGUGACGAUGGAUGGAAUGGGUCGGGACGGUUGGCGGAGCGCGGGAUGCGUGCUGAAAUGUGGAACUGUGAGGCGUACGUACGGUACCUCACCGAGCGGCGGGUAGAGAAGCGAGCAGAGGGAGUUCUGGGGAUUCUAGCAGAAAAGAUAGGAACCAUGGUGCCAGCGGAUCUGAUUCCGAUUGUAGAGAGGAUUAAGGCCGAGGGGUAUUGA